UUUGAGAUUUUGGUUUUAUAGUCUUUUACGUAAAUCAUUUCGGACCCCAGCCGGAAAAUGUUUGGUAUAAAAUGAAUUUAAACUAGUUAGCUUGACCACUUAAGUUGAACCAUUGAGCAUUUAGGAUAUAGAAUAGAAAAGUAAAAGACAAGUAAAAAAGGUAAAAAGUCACCACAUUAUAGACGAAGAUGGCGAGAAAUAUGCUAAAGCUGUACCUGAAAUUUGGAGGAGGACUCAUCCAGUCUGUUUGUGUAUGUUUAAUGUUAUUUGUCAUAAUAUUAACUGUAAAUUACACUACAAGAUUAGCGAGACUUGCUGCGGAGGUACAUAACCUCCCCUGUUGUAAACGUAAUGACAUAAGUAGGUCGUAUAUUUUAAGUAAAAACAAUUCCCUCAUCAAUCAUGUAAACGCCGAACAAGCACGAAGUAACCAAACCCUAAGCACCAAAAAUACUUCAAAAUCUUUUAACGAAACACACGCACGAAAAGAUAAAUAUUUGGACUGGAUUCCAUAUCCACAACAAAACCUUGUUCCACUAUCAGACAAUCCUUAUGUCAUUUCAAACAGUGAUAUUUGCAGAAAAAUCAAUCAUGUAGACGUUAUUGUUCUAAUACAUUCAGCUACUGGAAAUUUUAAAAGGAGACAAGGCAUAAGAAGUACAUGGGGAAACGUCACUGCACUAAAACAUAAGAAUUUGAAAAUUGUUUUUAUAUUAGGUUUGACUGAAAACAACAAGAUACAAAUGGCAAUAGAACGUGAAAAUGACAAAUAUAGAGAUAUUAUACAAGGAAGAUUUAUCGAUACCUAUCAGAAUUUGACGCAUAAGGCUGUGCUUGGAUUACGCUGGGUGAGAGACUUUUGCUCAGGUGAUAGCCGGGUUUUAAAAGUGGACGACGAUGUGUUUAUAAACACCUUUAAACUGUUUUCAAGCUUUCACAAGACAUUUGAUAACAAAGAAAAUAUCAUAUAUUGUAAGCGACAAGAUGCAAACACUAGCGCUAUUCAAAGGAACGAAGACAGUAAGUGGAAAGUUAAUGAGAAAGAAUUAGAGAAUUUUAAUUAUUUUCCUUUGAAUUAUUGUCACGGUUUCUUCAUUUCCAUGACAACAAAGAUGGCUUCAGAAUUAUAUGAAGCUGCUCGUGAUAUGCCAUUCUUCUGGAUAGAUGAUUUCUUUGUGUAUGGAUUGUUAACUGAUAAAAUAGGUGUUAAUAGAAACCUCUAUGAUAUUUAUGAUUUAUUGUCACUGCACACGUAUAAUUCUUUAGACUGCUUUGGGUCAGAAACCACGCGAUGCAAUCUUCUUGUUGGUAAUGCUCCGAGUUUAGAAUUCAUGCUGUUGAUGUGGAAGAAAAUGUUGAAUCAAAAUGAUGUUGUACCUGCUGUUUGAAAAACUUAUUUUCGAACGUGCGUUUAUUUUUAUUCUGACUUCGAAAUGUGAUCAGCUAUUUAGCCCGAUGUAAAGUGUUAUAAAGUCUUAGAAAAUGCACAACAAAAAAGAAGAAGAAGAAGAUGGUGAUCAAGGAGGAGAAGAAAUGAACAUCGAGACGUAACAAGAAAAGAGUAGUCUCAGAACAUAUGAAGAAGAAAAAAGACAUUUGAGUAUACAUGCAAUUAACAUAAUUGUUUUAGCAAAACCGUUGUUUAUUUUUCAAAUGAAAAUAUUGUUGAUGCUUGAAAAUUAAAAUAUACAUGUAUAUAAUUAAAGAGAAAUUAUCGAUUUUAUAUCACCUCUUAAUGUUUAGAAAUAUAGUAUCAAUGGUCAAUCGUCGGCAUUUAUAUCAUAAAAUAUGACCGUAUCUACUUCCUGAUUCAUAGUGUGAAUGUCAUUUGAAUAAGAAAUAGAAGUAAAGAAUACAGUCAAAAAGGGACUGAAGGUGCAAAAAACAAUAGAACCGACUGAACAAAAAAAUAAAUAAAACAAUUAACAAUUCAAUAGCCAAACACUGAACUUGGGAUCCGUCACAAAUUAAACUAUAAUUAUAGCUUAAUUUGUGACGGAUCCCAAGUUCAGUGUAAAGAUUGAUCAUCAUUGAUAUUGUUCAAUUCUAUGCUGAUAUUUCGUAUUAGUAAUAGUACAGUUAGAAUUAAAGCGUGAUAGCAUGCCAUUGUGAAUACUACAUUGUUUUGGAGAAAUAAGAA